AUGGCGGAUCGAGAUUAUUUGGUCACCGCCAUAAAUGAUGUAUUAACUACCUUAAACCGCUAUGUAGAUUUAGAUAGUUCCUCGACAGACCUCCAGCCAGUUAUCUCAAGACUGGAUUACUUACAAAGGCUUGUAGUUAAUCUUGCAAUAGAUGAUUUUGUAAUAGAAAUGAUAUAGGGGCCAUUCCAUUUAAUGUCCACACCCCCCUACGGAUGAAUUUUUCUGAAGGGUGACUCAAAAAGUCGUUUCUGAGGGGUUAAGCCUGUUGGCAUCCUUUGAUCUCUGCGAUUUUUCUGAGGGGUAAGGGGAAAAUUCACAAAUUUCUGAGGGGUGUUUUGUGUCGGCACUUUGAUCUUUUUUUCUUAGGGGUUAAAAUUUUACUGACCUCAUCCGUAGGGGGGGUGUGGAUUUUAAAUGGAAUGGCCCUAGUUAGCCUACAGAACGUUGGUUGAGAUCGAUAACAACGAAACGAUUUCAGGUUACAGAGCGUCUAUAGACACGACUGGGCAACGAGGAAGACCAUCAUUUGAAAUCGGAGAAGAACAACUGUCUUACCUUUUAGAACAAGGAUUUAAUGUGAGAGACAUAGGAAGUAUUCUAGGAGUAAGUGUCCACACUGUGGAGAGGCGAAUGUCAUCGUUUGGGCUAACUGUAUCAG